AUUAUUUACAACUUUUAUUGUACUUUUAUACAGUAUUCAGACUUUACAUUAAAAAAGUAGUGUUUAACAUAAAAAAUAUUAUGAAUUAAGAUGCUAUUUAUAAACCUAUUGUUUUUAUUGCUACUUCUUGUAAUACGUUGCGAUUUGGGCAAAGCAGCGAAUAUUACGAAACUCUGUUUAAAAGAUAAUUUUUACCAACAACCUGUUGAGAGUUGCCCGCCACCUACCAGUACAUGCCAUUGCAAAACCUUUACGGAAUGUCCCGGGGUAAUGUUAUGCUGUAAUGUGACAAGUUUUAUAUUUAUCGAAGGGAUUAGGUGUGGUAGAGCGGAAAAUAAUGCCACAAUAAAUAAUUUGCAAAUUCGUAAUGCCACCAUGGAAAUUUUAAAUUUGAAUUCCUAUUCAAACUUGUUGAUUGGGUUGGAUUAUUUGUCGAUUACUGAUGGAAAUAUAACAAAUAUAAAAGGAUACUUUGCUAAGAAUACUAAAAUCACUUUCCUUAAUUUUUCUUCCAAUGGUAUAAAGGAAUUUGACAGUAGAUCAUUGUCAAAUUUGUUUAAGUUGGAGUAUUUGGAUUUGUCGGACAAUAAAUUGGUUAAUAUUCCGCCCUUUAAAAAGGAUGGAUUAAUUAGAUUGGAUAUUUCAGGUAACCCAUCAAUUUAUUGCAAAUCAGUGAUUGAAAAUCUAAACAGGACCAAUUUGGAGUUUAUAAAAGAGAAUAAUACAUUUUGUUCAUCGGAUGCCAUAUUCGACGAUGUUUGGUUUAAUAAUGUUGAAAUAAUAUCUCUAACAACAUGUAAAGAAUGGCAUAAAGUUACUGUGGAAAAUAAUUGUUUCAAAAACUGCACAUGCACAACAAAAAUUCUAAAAUAUCCAGCCACAACUACAGUUGAUGUUUAUGUUUCUCUAAGUUGUGCAGGACAGGAAUUUUUAUCGUUGCCUACACCUUUACCUGCUAAAACAUUUUCUCUUAAUGUUUCAAAUAACAAUAUAACAACCUUAAAAGGAUUAAACGAUCCAUCCUAUCAGUACCUCAAAUUUCUGUAUGCUGACAACAACCAAAUAUCAUCCAUUCAGCCUUUGGAGGGUUCAAAAUUCAUAACAGAUUUUGAUCAUUUGAGUUUAAAGAACAACAGCUUCAAAACAUUUGAAACUUACGUGUUGUCCAACAUAGAGUUUGACCGCAGCACGCAACGGCAACAGCUCAAUAUAAGCGGCAACAGUGUUUAUUGCGACUGCCAGACUGCCAAAGAUUUAAAGGUUUGGUUGUUGAGUAAAUCGUCUCACAUAGGCGACUACAACGAGGUUCGCUGCGAAAAUCUCAACCAAAAAGUAAUCGAACUGAACACUUCGAAGCUUUGCGUGAACAGUCAGCAAGACUGGACCGACUACAUCUACUACAUCAUCACCGCAGAGGUGGUUAUGUUGGUGUGCCUUGUUGCCAAAGUGACCUACGAUUACUGGGUGUUCAAAACGGCGGGGUAUUUACCUUGGCCGGCAAACAAGAUGCCCAAGUUGCCCUGCGAUUGGUUAUGCGAGUAGGGUGUAUGUAGGAAUAGACUGGGCCAAAAAAAUCGAUUAUUUUUUUUUUGUAAAGUAUAUCGAAAAUAUUGUUUGAGGUGACA